AUGGAAGAUAGGCUAGAAUUGCAGCUUAAAAAUCUGAAUAUUAGGGCCAGAUCUACACAAGAUGGGAAGCUUUCAUCUUUAGCUUUCUUGCGGAAACCACAACGGAUAACGUCACAAACGAAAAAGGAAGAGCUUGAAAACAUUCUCAAAAGGAAUACUGAUUGGAACCGGAUACAUACGUGCGGUAAAUUAGGUCUGGAGGACCUUAGGGUGAAUACUAAUAAUGAUGAAAAUUUGGAUUCACAGGUAGAUGAGCCAACCUAUGUGAGAAGCGGUAGUCCACCGGAACCGACGGAUUAUUUCAGUCGUGGCAAUGCACCUAUGGAUAAAGUGGGGCAUCAAAGAAGUAAAUCACUACCAGGGACUCCAACUAGUGCUUUAAAGCGGGCAAGAUCUGGGGUGCGACGCAGCAAGUCUGUUCAUUUUGAUACUAGGGAUGUUGUGAGUGUUAAAUACUUCAACUCCGAUGAAAGUACUUUGUUAGUCAGCAAUACCCAAAGUGUUGAAGACCAUAUAAAGUCUCGUAAAGACCAAAACUCCAAUCUACUGCACUCUCUAUCUGGUAUAGAUAGUGUGGUUAAUAUUGGAACUGCAGCAUCUUCUAAAAAACCGCUUCGCAAGAGUAAACGGUUUAAACAACAACAGCAAUUACAAAAAGCAAGAACUAAAACCCCUCUGAAUGUCCUGAAAAACCUUAACUUCCCCAUUCUAUCAAACAAUAAUCCCUCAGUAUUAAAAUUAAAUAUAUUUCUAAAUGUUGCGUAUGACAAGAAAGUAUUUUUACAGGAACUCUGCAUGGAUGGCAAUAUAGUUAUAACAGGUAAAGUCCUUGUAAAAAACCUUCAUUAUGACAAAACCGUGCUUAUUAGGUACAGCUGGGACCGAUGGUGCCAUUCAAGUGAUACAGAGAGCGUUUGGAUAGGCAACGGUAAUGCCGUUCUCCCUGGGAAAGGUAUGGACAUGUUUGAAUUCGCUAUAGAUAUCCCGCCACAACAGCGAGGCCAGAAUGUCGAGCCAAUACGACUGGAGUUUUGCAUCAUGUACCAAGUACGUGAUAUUAAUGAUUUCCAGACCCAUUGGGACAACAACCAUGGCAAUAACUAUAUCAUUGAAUGCAGUUAA